UCAGAUAUAACAGUACAGUGCAAUCACAAUCAUUAUUUUUGUAGUGCAGUUUAAAGUUUGAAUUGAAAGUUUCAUUGAAAUUUCAAAGCGCAGUAUGGAUCAAAGUGCUGAUCUCAAUAAAAGUUGUAAAAACGAUGUAGAUUGAUCGAAUGAAGUGUUCAUUUAUUGAAUAUAAAAUGUCAAACACCGCAAUGAAACCUGUUCCUAUGAAACUUUUUGCAGCCUGGGAAGUGGAUAGGACCCCUUCUAAUUGUAUUCCCAGGUUGUGCUCUUUGACUGUUACAAGACUCACACUUCUAACUCCACUUCCCGCUGAUGUAACAAGCGUGUCUUUGGCUGUAAAAAUGCAAAGUUCAAAACGCAUUUUGCGAUCACAUGAGAUAUCCUUAGGUGCUGUAGCUUUACAGCCAGCACAAUCGUACAAUCCAUCACAACAAAGCUCUGGUGUUUCAAUCAAUGUUCAAAAUUCAAUAAUGGCAAAUCAACAAUGUAGUGUAAAUGCAACUGGAGGUAAUCAAAAUUACCAGCAACAAUUGUUGUCAACACUUCAACCUUCUUUGCAAUCUUCAAAUUUAGCUGGACAAUCUACUUUAUUAGAAGCAGAACUUGAUUUACAUUUUAGUUUGCAGUAUCCUCAUUUCAUAAAACGAGAUGGAAACAGAUUACAGAUUCUUCUUCAACGGCGUAAAAAAUACAAGUCACGUACUAUUCUGGGGUACAAAACAUUGUGUGAAGGCUCAGUACGUAUGGAUCAGGUUUUACAACGAUCUCGCGAUAUGCAGAUUGAUUUAGGAGGUGAUGGAAAAAGUGCCCGAAAAUGUGGACCACUCGCACGGCUUACUGCAUACCAGGUAUCAUCAAUACCAGUGGAUCACGACAAACAAAACAGUUGUGCUAUGUCAGCUGAUCGAGGAGUGGCUGAAUACUCAGAUGAUGAUGAGGAAGCUGAAUUCAGUUCGGCAGAAGAUAAUGAUGAGCAGCUAUAUGAUGCUAAUGUCAGUCGUACUAGUGUUAGCCAAACUCGUAAAGGUUUGGCUUACAGAAAAUUACAACAUGGUGCGCACACUGGUGAUGAUGCAGCUAUGGGAGCGCAUGCUGUUGAUAGUGAUAGCGAGUUUGAGCACUCAAGAAAGGGUGCAAAGUUGCCAAGUAGCCGGCAACGUAACCUCAAACAAAAAUUUGUGGCACUGUUACGACGUUUUCGUGUACCAGAGGAACUAGAGGCUGGUGUAGCAGGGAGAGAAGAGGGAGCUCUAGAGGGUGCACAUGAAAUUGAUGCAUUAUUUCAAGAGUUAGAAUCCUUGUCUUGCGGAGAAGCCGAUGACUCUGCUCCUGAAUUGGAUACAAUGUCAAUUGGUUCAACACCAAAACCUUCUCUCAGGCCAUUCUUUUCCAGCUCUCGAAGUUUGCUUUACGAUGCAACCAAUCUUGGAUAGUUCAAUAUGUUUCAACUGAAAUAGUUUUUAUUGCAUUUGCAUGCAACAAUUGAAUUAUUUUAUAAUGGAAGUGUUCAUACUGACUUCAAAUAUGAGGCCAUUGGACUUGUAUAAAUGAGGUAUAAAAUUCGAGCAGAGAGAUCCUAAAUAAA